UAUUGCUGUUAUUAUAAUUAUUUAAAGGAUUGAAGAAGUGUAGUGUAGAGUCAUCUCUAGCAAUUUCAAUAAAAUUUUGUGUUGGGAGAAUAAUUUUCUAUACAAUAUGGAGAGAGAUGAUGAGAAAAUUGAUGAAAUUUUGACAAAACUUGAAAAAAUUAAAGACCCGGUUGGUGAUAUCUAUCGUUACAACUAUCAAGGAUUUUGGAUUCAAGCAUUUACAUUGAAGGGAUUAAUACCCUUUCAAACACAAUUUGAGGCAAGAGAUGAUGAUAUUAUAUUAGCUUCUUGUCCAAAAUCAGGUACUACUUGGUUAAAAUCUCUUAUUUUUUCUAUUGUCAACCGUAAUAAUAGUAGCAAUAUUAAUUCUUUGUUUACUGCCAAUCCACAUGACCUUAUUCCCAUGCUUGAAUUAUCAUUACCUAUGGAAAACAUGAUUAAGCCAAGACUUUUGAAUACACACAUUCCUUAUCCUUCAUUACCACCAUCCAUCAAGGACUCUCAUUGUAAAAUUGUAUACAUUUGUAGAAAUCCAUUGGAUGUGUUUGUUUCUCAUUGGCACUUUGCUCAUAGAUUUUCUGGAGAGGAUGACAUUGAACCAUGUCAUUUAGAAGAGUGCUUUCAUAUGUUUUGUAAAGGAAUCCAUGCAUUUGGACCCUUUUGGGAUCAUAUUUUAGGGUUUUGGAAAGCAAGUUUAGAGAUGCCUCACAAGAUUUUAUUUUUGAAAUACGAAGAGCUUAAGAAAGAUGAAGUCUUUUUUAUUAAGAGGAUAGCUGACUUUUUGGGGUUUCCUUUUUCGAAAGAAGAAGAACAUUGCGGAGUUCCACAACAAAUUGAGCAAUUAUGUAGCUUCCAGAGUUUGAAAAAUAUGGAUGUAAAUAAGACUGGGAAACAUUCUCUUGGGAUGUCUAAUAGUUCAUUCUUUAGAAAAGGUGAGAUAGGAGAUUGGGUAAACUAUUUGACACCUCAAAUGGCAGAACGUGGAAAGAAACUCAUUCAAGAAAAGUUUGGAGAGUCCGGUUUAAUGUUUGAUUAUCUAGAUUAAUUGUUAUAAUAAUCUUUGUUUGUUUCCAUUGUCGUUUGUGUGUAUCUUCUUAUGAAGAGAUGUUUGUUGUAUAAAUCCUAAAUUUAUUGUCAAUAUGCAUAUGGCUUCAUGUAUAUGUAUCCAUAAUUCAAAUGUUUUUAAUGGAAACAUAUAUUGGUUUAUUGCCAUAUGAAUCAACUUCUUGAUUUGCUUUUUGUUAA